AUGAAUGAUUCAAUUGAACGUUUCACCGAAGAGCAGCACCGAUAUUCCGCAAAACCAACAGCUCUAACCGAUAGCGUAACAACAAAAACUCGACGUGAUACAACCAAGCUAUCCACACCAAUCCAAAGAAGCACAACGACAAGAAAAUCACCUCACUCUCAUACCAUUAUUCAACCACAGUACGGACCGAUUGGUUUGAAUAACCCGUCAGCAGUACUCUUCAAUGCCACUUUAUCACCAUAUCGCCGUCGCUAUCAGACAAUCAAGAUCGGCCCUACACCACUUCCUACCUUCAACACUCCACCGAUGCCGCGUAGACCGUCACUGAAGACGAACGUUAAUUUGGAACUUGGACCUGAUUGGCGCAGUUAUGGAAAACGACCAAAGAGCACAGCGUCGACUAAAAUAAGGAGACCAAUCACUUCAAGAACUGAUAAGAUCCUUACUACUGCAGCAACUUCAACUCAUUCGCUUGGGGAAACCACAAGCGAGAAAUCACGUACGGAUGCCGAUAAGGAUCUGAAUCUAUCUAAGGCUGAUGAGAAGCUUGACAAAGCGAAACAAUUUGAGCGGCAUGAGCAAAAAAAUAAUGGCAGAGAAAUGAUAAUUCUAUCACCUGACGAAGAUCCAAUCGAAGUAUCAAAUAAUGCAUCGUUGAUCAGUGCCAUGAACAAUCUCGGUAUGAUAUUCGUUCCUAAGUUAAGUCAAAAGACGACAUUACAACAUUCAUGA